AUGUCCGAAUUGGUUGAGGAUAAGCAAGUCACGUUUGUUGCAUUGAUAUCGCGAGACGACAGACCUUUAUAUAUACAAUCAUUUGAUACUGAAAUCAACGAAAAUCCUCAAGAUACUGAAGCCAAUACUAAAAAUGCCAACAAGUUCUUAAAAUACAAUUUUCUAUCCCAUAUGGCACUCGAUGUUUUUGCAUCUCCAGCAUCAUUGAGUCUAAGAGAGCAGCAUCAGAACAUUGAUGAUAAUGGUGGAGUGUUGCUAUUAUUCAUACAGGACGAUAUAACCGUUUACGGUUUUGAAACCAACAACGGAUUGAAGAUAGUUGUUGCUGCUGGUGGAAGUGCUGAUCGGGUCAGGUCAUCGUAUCCCAAACCAAUGAAAUUGAAGGAACUAUUUUCACAAAUCCACAAAAGUUACUUGAAAACGAUUUGCAAUCCCUUUACCAAUCUACAAGUAGGCUCCGAAAAGAACGAAAGUGUUCUACAAUCACCCACGUUUGAUAGAAAUAUCAAUAAGUUGGUUCAAAGCUGGAACACCUUUUGAUAACACUGUAUUGUACAUAAUAUAUAAGCUAUUUUAAUAUAACAUUAGCGUUUCUCAAACUCAAGUAAUCUUGAUCGACCCCAGAUUGCAUAUUUUUAAUAACUUCUUGGUAAAUUUCAACGUUGUGAAACCGAAGACCGUUCGAAGGAUUUUUGUAUUUCCCUGGUAAUCCAGUGAUAUCACAAUAAUGUUUUUGAGGUUUAAGACUAGGUGGUGCACUUAUUGAGGUGUACGUGGGAGUAUCGAAUUUGACAUUUUCUUUGGUUUGAAGGUACUUGACUUCAUCUCCAAUUAAUUGACGGGCUGGUUUAUAUCGACGAUUGGGUGCUUUCGGUCUAUAAGGAUUGUUUUUGAAAGAAUGGAAACGCGUGCUCACGUCCGAAAGCUGAUGGAUAUCAACCC